AUGAAGAACCAGGAGGCUGAGCUACAAGCAGCACGUGAGGCACAGGCCAAGCAACUCAGGGAAUUUGACGAUGACCAAGAAGCCCUUGCAAAACGACACCUAUACUACCGCGACCACAGCGAGUACAUGCGUGAACGCGAAAAGGUCCGUGAGCGCGAGGCCAAGGAGGACGCCAUCGACCGAGCCCAAGAGCAGCGCGAAUUGGCAUCCCAGCAGAAGCAAAGAGACCAUGCCCGUGGCCAAGCCGAUGCCUUCCUCGACCAACAAGCCGAAGAAAUGCUGCGGACGCAAGAACGGCACGAGCCAGCCCACUUCAAAAUCUCGCUCGGUGCGGCCACCAAGAAACUGGAAAAGACGGCUGCCCCGCGCCGGACGGCCACGGACGUGGAAAACCUGCUCGAAGACGAAGAGAUUACCGACCAGUCCGGCACCAAGAAGCGGACGCUCGUCCCGAUCAACUUCGACGCCGCUGUGCGCGCCAAUCUCACGCAGGAAGAGGUCGAAGAGGCGCAGCGCCAGCUCGCUCGCGAUAUUCCAAACGACAAGGAAGGGUUGUGGAAGUGGCCGGUAUCGUGGGAUCAUUUGCCGGAGAAGAAUAUCGACAAGGAUAUCAAGGAGUGGGCGGCGAACAAGGUGCUCGAGCUCAUGGGCCUGCAGGAGGAUAUGCUCGUGGAUGCGAUAGUGGAUCAUCUCAAGAGUAGAGGGGGUCCGCAGCCGUUGGUGGAGAAUUUGGCAGAGCUCCUCGAUGAUGAGGCGGAAAAUUUGGUGAAGAAGUUGUGGCGGAUGGUUAUUUAUUACAGCGAGACGGAGAAGAGGGGUAUUAAAUGA